AUGGGCCUUGAGGACUCGAAGUCCAAUGCCGUGAGGGUGGCCACGAUCCUGGGAUCUUCACCCAAACUCCACUCCACCGUUCCAGACGAGGAUUGGGACAGCCAUGAGGAAAUUCGGCUCUAUGUCCUUAGCGUCGGAGCACUCUCUGCUACAUUGGCAAGUGAAGAUUAUACGUGGAUUGUGACCGAGAUCGCCUUUUGGUCCAUCGCUGGUCUGAGGUAUUGGGACUUGAAUUUUGGCACUUUCCUUACACUGCCCGAGAAGUUCUUCUACCUGGAGUCGGCUUAG